ACCUUGGACGGAGGAGCCAGGUGUCGUGCCGGCGUGGGGCUGGUGCACUGACGCAGGUCCUGGCCCGGCCCGGGUGCCGGCCGGAGACUCACCCGGCCGCCAAGCCCCGGCUUUCUCGGAGUCCUGCCCUCCCACUCGAGAUGAGCUCUCCCUCCAGCGAGCCUGGCCACGGGGGUGCCACCGCAGAGCGGUCCCCACUGGGGCUGGACAGCGUGAUCCAGAGGCUGGAGGACACCGUCUUGAGUCCCAUGGCCAGCAGAGAAGACCGGGCACUGACCGUGCGUGGGGAAGGCUGGCCGGCUUUGCCCACCCCUGUGCCCGCCCGAAUCCGUGAGAUCGUAGCUGGCAGCCUGAGGGACGAACCACACCAAGCAGGGCUGCGGGAGCCGCCGGCCGUGUCAGCAGGGGUGCAGGAGGAGAACGAGCGACUGCAGGAGGAGCUGUCCAGGCUGGGGGAGCUGCUGGCCCAGGCAGACGCAGAGCAGGACGAACUGGCCGGCAGGUACCACGCGGUCAGUGCGCGGCUGCAGGCCCGUCUGGAGACCACCGAGGCUCGGCUGCGGAGGUCGGAGCUGGAGCAUAGCGCGGACCUGGAGGAGGCCCUGGGCCGUUUGGAGGCCGCUGAGCAGAGGAGCACGGGGCUCUCCCAGGUGAACACCCUUCUGCGGGAGCAGCUGGGGCACAUGAAGAAGGCCAACGACAGGCUGGCCGAGGAGCUGGCCAGGACGACGGACGGCGUACUCCAUCUUCGGGGCCAGCUGGAGCUGACGGAGGCACGGCGCCGGGCAGAGACACAGAUCCGGCGCACACGCUCGGGGGGGUCCCAGGACUUCCUCCUCCUGUGGAGACAGGUCACCGCACUCCGCACACAGCUGGCCGAGCUGCGCACAACCGCAGAGAGGGCUCUCACCGACAUGCGCGUGGAGAUGGCCAGGACAGCCGGGCGCCUGCAAACGGCCUGCCUGGCCCUGGGCUCCAGGCUGCGGCUGGCGGCCAGCAGUGCGGCGGGCGCCCUGGAGCGGCGGCUGCGGGACCAGGUGCGGGAGACGCUGCAGCUGCAGGGCCGCUGGGACGCAGAGAAGGUGGCGCUCCAGGCCAGACUCUCUGAGCAGACGCUGUUGGUGGAGAAGCUCACAGAACAAAACUCGAAGAAGGAGAGAGCCAUCUCUUCCCUCAAAAUGGAUGUCCAGAAACUGGUGGCCCAGGAAGACGCAGGGUGCCCGGAGCGGGCGCGCAGCGGCGGUCCCGAAGCUCAGGAGGCACGGGGCCAAGUGCGGAGGCCCGGGAGCUCUGCGUCCCCCCACCGCGGGGUGUCCCCACCGCGGGCCCGCGCCCUGGACGCCCUGCACCCCGCACUGCAGGCUGUGCACGCGGCUAUCGAGAGGUGGCGGCUGCUGGAGCAGGAGCUGCGCCUGCAGCUGGGGUCCUCCCAGGCGGUGGCAGCCAGGCUCCGGGAGCAGCUGUCGGAGGCCCAGCGGGAGCUGCAGGCCUCAAGGAGGCUCCUACAGGAGCGGGCGCAGGAGCAGGUGCGGGAGCCCGAGGACCUCCUGCGCGAGCUGGAGGCGCAGAGCCGCGAGGCACAGCGCUGCAGGGCGUCCAGCGAGCUCUUGCAAAGAGAGAAAAGGGCUCUGGAAACGGCGGUGGAGGAGAUGAGAGGGAAGGCGGCCUGUGCAGACGCAGAGAAGCAGAGGCUGGAAGCCGAGAACACGGAGCUGCACAGGAGCCUCCUGCUGUGGGCGGAACAGAAGGAAGAGCUGGUGCAGCAGGGCGAGCGGGGCCGCCGGGAGCUGGAGACCAGUCAAGGGCGCCUGGAGCAGCUGGAGGAGAAGGUCUCAGGGCUCAAGAAGGAGCUGGUGUCCGCCCAGGAGGCGCUGAACUCGGCCCGGCUGCAGAGGGACGUUCUGGAGAGCGAGAGGGAGGGUCUGCACAGAGCCCUGGCCCGGGCCGAGUCCAGCAACACUGACCUGGAGCUGCUGGUGACCCGGCUGAAGUCGGAGGGUGUGGAGCAAAGGGACUCCCUGGCCAAGAUGGCCGCCCUGACGGAGGGGCUGGCUCGGGACAAAGGCGCCCUGGGCCACCAGGUCCUGCAGCUGGAGCAGGAGCGGGAGCAGCUGCGGGAGCGGCAGAAGGCUCUGGAGCAGGAGCGGGCGGGUGCCCUGGAGCGGCUGGCGCGGGCGGGGCAGCAGGCCUGCGGGCGCCUGGAGGAGCGGCUGCAGGGGCGGGAGGCCGCCUUCGAGCGCCAGAGGGCCCGGCUGCAGGAGCAGGUGGGCCAGGUCACGUGCAAGAAGCAGGCCCUGGAGGAGCAGCUCGCCCAGAGCCUGCAGGACCGGGAGGCCCAGCGGGACACGCUGCAGAGGACCCUGCAGGAGAAGGAGGCUCUGUCUGAGGAGCGGGCCCAGCUGCUGGCCAAGCAGGAGGCCCUGGAGAGGCAGGUCCGGCUCACGGCUGAGGAGGCGGCCGAGCUCAGGGCUGAGAGGGACUCUCUGGAGAGAAGCCUCUUUGAGACCCAGCAGCUGGUGAUGCAGCUGGAGGGACAGCGGGAGCAGCUGGAGGGACAGGCCCGGAGCAUGCGGCUCGCCCGGCAGGCCCUGCAAGUGGAAAUGCAGCAGCUGAGAAGUGCCUGGGAGGUCCAGGAGACAAAGCUGCAGUGGGACGUGGGGAGGCUUCAGCGGCAGGUGGCACAGCAGGAGCGGGACUUGCAGCUGGCCCUGGAGAGCCAGGCGCUGGCCCACCACGAGGACCUGGCUCGGCUCCAGAGGGAGAAGGAGUCCCUGAGUCUGUCUCUGACAGAGGAGAAGGAAGUGGCAGCUCACCGGUUGGAACAGGAGAAGAAGCUGGUAGCAAAGAAUGCGGCCAAGAGGGAGGCUCUGAAGGAGGAAAUUCAGAGCCUAAAGCAUGAGCGGGAUGAGAGUCUCCUCCAAUUGGAAAAUGAGAUGCAAGAGGCCCUGUCACUGAAAGAAGAAGAGAGGAGGCUGCUGAGGGAAGAACUCUUCAGAGCCACGCAGGAGCUGGGACAGGUGCGGCGGGAGGCCCAGAGCCAACAAAAGCAAGCCGAGGCCACCGUCAGCGCCACGGCUGCGGAGCUGAAGGCCCUGCAGGCCCAGUUCGAGGACGCCAUCUCGGCCCAUCAGAGAGAGGCCGCGGCUCUGAGAGACAGUCUCCGGGAGAUGGCGGCAGAGAGAAGCAACGCCGGGACAGAAGCGGAGGGGCUGCGGGCACAGCUGGACGAGGCCCGGGAGGCACUGGCCGUGCUGCGCGGGGAGCUGCAGGGCAGCGAGGAGAGCCGCGAGGGGCUUCGCAGGGAGGCCCAGGAGGCCCGCCGGGCGCUGGGCGAGGAGGCCCGCGAGAAGGCUGUGCUGCAGAGCUCCAACACCGAGCUGCGGGCCGCUCUCCGCAGGGCCGAGCAGGACAAGGCCAGUUUUCAGAGGUCCAAGGAAGAAAGGGAACAGAAGGUGCUGGUCCUGGAGGAGGCGCGAGCAGCGGCCCAGAAGGAGGCCUGUGAGCUGCGGGCCAGCCUACGGGAGGUGCAGCAGGCUCGCGCCGACGCCUGCCAGGAGCUCCAGGAGCUGGGCACACAGGUGAACAUGCUGCGGGCUGAGAACCGGAGAAAGAACGUGGGGACUGGGUGCCACCAGGGCCGAGGGACAGGGGUGCUGACUGAACGAAUGCAGGCAAAGCGGGGACCCCCUGCAUCUCCUAAGGACGAUGCUGACCCAGCCUUUGCUACCACAGGCCAAGAGCAGCCACAGACGAGCAUGGGGCUGGCUCGAGGCAGCCGGUCCCCUGCCACAGGAGGGGACAGCCUAGGGCCAACAGCUGCCCUCACGACCCUCCCACAGGUCCUGAGGCUGCGGCGGGAGCUGGAAGAGGCGGAGGCUGGAGCUGAGGCCCGAAAGCGGCAGCUGGAGGAGGGCCUCUGCCAGAGCCGGGGGGCCGAGCGGACGCUCCGGGCCGAGCUGCGCAUGGUCACGGGGAAGCUGCAGCAGGCCGGUAGCGUGGCCGACGGCCUCCAGGCUCGCCUGGACGAGGCCGGCCGCCGGCUCCACAGCCUGGAAGGGGAGCUGGCCCGGGCUGAAGGUGCCAGGCGGCACGCGGAGGCCCAGCUGGGCCGGCUGUGGUCCGCCCUGUGCCGCGGCCUGGGGCUGCGGGGACGAGGCCCCUCAGGCUCCCCCGAGUGGCCCGGCUUCCCCAGUACAGGCUCAGAUAGCAUCCAGAGCGCCGGCCCCCCGACCAGGUCCGGCUCACCACUCCGAUGGCCCUCACCGGCACCUGGGGACCCCUGCCCAGAUGUGGACGUGGCCUCUGUGCGAGACGCCCUGACGGACUUUGUGCAGAAACUGCGGGUUGCCCAGAGGGAACGGGACGACUGGCACCUCCAGGUGGUGAGCCUGAGCGGCCGGCUGAGCGAGGCAGAGCGCGAGCGUGCCCAAGCCCAGAGCCGCGUGGCACGGCUGCAGGAGGCACUGGCAGAGGCGGAGGAAGCCCGGCGCCAGGCGGAGAGUGAGAGGCGCAGGGCCCAGGCAGCGCGCGCCCUGCAGGAGGAGGCGCUCCGGAGCCUGGAAGAGCAGCACCGGGCUGGCAGGCGGGCGGCCAGCUGGGAGAAGCGGAGGCUCCAGGAGCAAGUGGACGCACUGCACGGGGCCCUGGAUGAGAGCAGAAGGCACAGCCAGGGCCUGGCCCAGAGGGGGACGCCGCUGGAGGCGCAGGUCGCCUGCCUGGGGCGCAGAUGCCAGGAGGGAGAGGGCACGUUGGAGCCCGCGCGGAACAGUGGCCUGAAGCACUCAGUGGGCACAGAGGAGGAGCACGGGGACACGGCCCUGCCGGCUCAAGCCCUUCCCGCUGCAGCGCUGGCCUGGGCAGAGACGGAGCAGGAGACGCUGAGGAAAGAAGGGGACACGGCAAGGCGGGGGGCCCGGAAGGAGCAAGUGCCCCAGCCCGUGGGCAGCCUGCACCAGGAAGGGGACAGGGCGCCGAGGCACCACCAGCGGCGGCAGGCCCCGCGGGAGUGGCCACACGGCCGCGGGGGCUUGUGCAGAACAGAGCAGGACGGGGAGGAGUGUGGCAAGCGCGGGGUCAGGCAGGCCUCUCUCAGGUCGGUGGGCAGCAGGGAGGAGCCCAGGUUCUCACCUCGGGCCCGGAGAGCGGAGCAGGCCCGGGCACAGGCCCAGCGGUCGGGAGCUGGCCACAGGGCCCGGCUGCAGGCUGCGCAGGCCCCGGAGAGCCGGGAGCAGACCCACCGGUAG